AUGCUCGGCAAGACGCCGUGCCUGUUCGGCUCGGCCACAAUCCUCGGGCUUUUGCUUGCCGCCGCCGGAGUCCUGCUCCUCAUCGGAAUCCCGAUCGACCGGAUCGUCAACAAUCAGGUGAUAGCGGUGAGUCACCCCAAAAAAAUGGGGAAAAUUGCGAAAUUUUCGAAAAAAAAAACAUUUUUUUGCAGCAAGAUUGGCUCGGGUACACUCGCGACGAAAAUGGCACAGAAGUGCCGAAUAAAAUGACGGAAUCGUGGCUGAAGCCGCCGUAUUCGUUUCAGCUGAACAUUUGGAUGUUCAACGUGACAAAUGUGGACGGAAUUCUGAAGAGACACGAAAAACCGAACCUUCAGCAGAUCGGACCCUUUGUUUUUGAGUUAGUUUUUCGAGAAAAUCGAUUGGGAAGGGUUCAUUUUCACUGCAAUUUCCGUAUAUUUUCAGUGAAAUCCAGGAGAAGAUCUACCACCGAUUCGCGGAGAACGACACACGCGUGUUCUACAAAAACAAGAAGCUCUACUUUUUCAACGCCACCGCCUCGUGUCCCAAAUGCCAGCUCGACACGAAGGUCGUCAUUCCGAACAUUGUCUUCCAGAAGCUCGUCGACGCCGCCGAAACGACAAUAUUCGGCGUGCGGAUCCGAUUCGCGAUCGAAUCGGUGCUGAAACUCGUCUCCGAGGCCCCAUACAUCACCGUCUUGGUCCGAGACGCCCUUUUCGACGGCUACGAAGACCCGAUAGUUGAUCUGGUGUGCAAAAAUCGAAUUUUGCAAUUCCUCUGCGAAACCAACACGCUCCAACGCAAAAUCGGCUUCUUCUAUGGUCAAAACGGCUCGACGGACGGGGUGUGGGAAGUGAAAACGGGCGUUCCGUCGGCAUUCGACAUUGGCAAAAUGGCCACGUGGAAUAAUUUGACGAAAAUGCCCGAAGGCACCUGGGACACCGAGUACGCCGAGAUGAUCAACGGCACCGACGGACAAAUGUUCAGUCCGCUUCUCAAAAGAGAAGAUCGGCUGACCAUCUUCGUGCCGGCGAUCUGCCGAUCCGUGCAGAUGGAGUACCAGAAGGACGUGUCCGUGGCCGGCAUUCCAUCGUGGAGAUACGUCCCCCCGGCGGAUCUGUACGACCCGGCUCUUCCGCAGAAUCGCGCGUUCUGCAAUAAGAACGGAGUGCCCCGGUUCUUCGACAAUACCACCGUUCAGAUUGGUGAGUGAGGGAUGUGCGCUUUUGAGUUUCUAGCAGAAAAUCUUUUCCGCAUUUCGAGAGUGACAGAAUUUGUUCGUUUUUAGCUAAAAAUGCUUGACUUUUAGUGAGGUUUUUCUUUUUACAAAUUCAUGGCAAAAAUCGCACGAAAAAUUUGCAGAAAACUGUCUGCCGGCGGGUCUGAUCGACCUGUCGCGGUGCCAAUCCGGCUCGCCGCGAGUCUACCUCUCGCAGCCGCACUUUUACAAUUCGCCGAUGGAAUUGUGGCACGCGGUGAGCGGAUUGUCGGUCCCUUCGGCCGCCAACGACCUCACCUCUGUGGAUUUGGAGCCGACGGCCGGAGUUCCGACGCAGGCGAAACGGAUCAUGCAAAUCAACGUGGGAAUGGUGAAGGGAUCGCUGAGCGUCACCGAAAACACCACAAAUGUCAUCGUGCCGGUCCUGUGGAUCAAUGAGACCGCCUAUUUCGACCAGGGCACCCGCGAUCAACUCUUGGACAUUUUUAAUGCAAAGUACGCUUUUUUAACGAUUUUAGCACUUUCGAAUCGACAAUAUUCAUUUUGCAGACACUAUUCGUUCAUCGGCGGCGUCGUCAGCCUGUCUCUCGGCCUUAUCGCGUGGCUCGCCGUGUUUGUGGUCAUUAUUGUGUACACGGUAACUUUUCUUUACUGAAAAAACCAGAAAAUCUCCAAUUUUCAGCGCCAAACAAACGACGACGAAUACGGACGGCUCGUGCUCGAGGAGGACGACGAGGAAGAGCCGGAACAGACGGAAACCGCGCCGAUCGCAUAG